UUUGAAGUGGCCUAAACGUGAAGGCAAUUAUCUGAAGUAGUAGUUAUUCUUCAGGUGACCUACUCAAUGAACAAUAAGUAUGUCGACCAGACGACUUGUUGAUAUCGGUGCUAACUUAACUGACAAAGUAUUCACAGGAAUAUACCGUGGCGUAGUUCACCAUGAAAAUGAUUAUCAAAAUGUGUUGCGUCGGGCCAGAAAAUGUGGUGUGGAGAAAAUAAUUAUAACUGGAGGCUCGCUUGCUGAUAGUGCUGAGGCUAUUGCCUUAUGUGAAACUGACAAGGAUCUCUUUUGUACAGUCGGCUGUCAUCCUACCAGGUGUUUGGAAUUCAGUGAAAAUCCAGAUGACUAUCUUAUGAAACUGAAAAAUCUUAUUCUAACGACGAGAAAGAAAGUUGUGGCUGUAGGUGAAUGCGGUCUCGAUUAUGAUCGGGAAGAGUUUUGUCCCAGAGAUGUUCAAAAAAAGUAUUUUGACAUUCAGCUAAAAUUAGCUAGUGAUGUGAAACUGCCUAUGUUUCUACACUGUCGAGCUGCACAUGAAGACCUUUUGAGUAUGAUGAACGACGCCAAGGAAAGAUACUUUACAGACACUCCAUUAAAAGGUGUUGUUCAUUCAUUUGAUGGUACACAUAUAACAGCCAAGUGUUUUAUUGAUAUGGGAUUAUAUAUUGGUAUUAAUGGUUGCAGUUUAAAAAACCAAGCCAACUUAGAAGUGGUGCAAAGAAUUCCAACUGAUCGACUACUAUUGGAAACCGAUGCUCCAUGGUGUGAUAUCAGACGGACUCACGCAGGUUAUUCUUUUGUCAAGACACAUCCUACUUACCGCAAGCAUACCUCUUGGGACGCAUCCUGUAUGGUGAAAGGACGAAAUGAACCAGCUAAUCUUGUUCAAGUGCUAGAAGUUGUUGCUGGUUUGAAAAGUAUGGGUGAAGAAGAAUUAGCAGAAGCAACCUAUCAGAAUGCUGUUGAUCUAUUUUCAUUACCAAUAUAAGCCAAAACCAAAAAAUAACCAACUUUGGUUAUUUCUCAUCGCACAAUGCUGGAUUAGUUCAAAUAAAAAUUUAUAUAUGGCAAAAGGGGAGCAUUAACGCUAAAUAAGGCUGUUCAGCUUCUGUAUUAGCAAGCUGUUUCACUGGAUGGCCAGUUAAACCUGUUGUAAAUGACAACUGCAAAAAUGAACUGCGUAAAUUAUAUCUCGGGAUCAAAUCCUGAGGUUACACGGUCACCGUUUUAUUCCAACAAAAGUCAGGUACAAAAAAAGCACUAAGAAAUCGAUCAUCG